AUGGGAGACACCAAGUGGGGCUUUGGCACGAAUUAUGGUCAUCGCACACUCCCAUUCAAGUGGCAUCACGCAGGAUACACCUACUAUGACGUGAACAGCAGUGUGAGGCCAUCUUUCCGGCCGCCCUCUCUGCCAGCAUACCGGGAUGAUUUCCUCCCGUUGGACACAGACUACCGGGAGCGUGAGCAGAAUAGUCGAUGGGCAAUGUCUUGCUACGGAUGCCAUCGCAAUCCUGCUUGGCAGGAUACACUGCGUGUGCCGCGCAAUCCAUUUGCAGGAAGCAAGCUCCAAGAGAUGAAGUACAUGCGUGAAUUUGCGGUCAAACCUCCAUCCUCUGCGCCGUCAACGUACCUCGCUGGCAAUUAUAAGAUUCGCGCAAGGCAAGUAAAAACUUGA